CGCUCCAUAUCUACUUCUUCGUUACCUCUCCAAACCAAAUCAAGAAAUUAAAGAGAAAAAUGAAAGUGCAAUCCCUCCUUUCGCUUAUGCUUCUGUGCCUCCUCCACGUUCAUCCAACCCUCCACCUCCUAUCGGAAAAGAGUGCCCUCCUCUCCGUCAAAUCCUCCAUCACUGAUGACCCAGAAUCAUUUCUUUCUACGUGGAACGCCUCCACUAGCCACUGCAACUGGACGGGUAUCACGUGCCACCCUUCCAGUCGUCGCGUGAUCGCCCUCGAUCUCUCAAACCUUCGACUCUCUGGUACUCUCUCCUCGGACCUGGCUCAUCUCUGUUUCCUCUCCAAACUCUCCGUCGCCUUUAAUGGGUUCUCCGGGGCCAUCCCCGCCGAGCUCUCUUCCCUCUCUGACCUCCGCGUCCUCAAUCUCUCAUAUAAUCGCUUCCACGGCACCUUCCCCUCCCAGCUCUCCCUCCUCAAGAACCUUCAGGUUUUGGAUCUCUAUGACAACUUCAUGACCGGUGACUUGCCCCUGGCCGUCACCCAAAUGCCCAACUUGCGCCAUUUGAAUCUAGGUUAUAACUUCUUCUCAGGUCGGAUAACGUCCCAGUUUGGGCAAUGGAAAUUCUUGGUAUACUUGGAUGUAACCCAUAACAACCUCGAGGGUCCUAUACCGCAGGAGAUAGGAAACUUGACCAACCUCAGGGAGCUCUACAUUGGAGGUUACAACAAUAAGUACGAAGGUGGCAUACCCUCGGAGAUCGGGAACCUAUCGGAACUAGUUCGUUUAGAAGCCAUCGGCUGUAACUUAUCCGGUGAGAUUCCAGCGUCGUUUGCCGACAUGCCAGAGCUGGAGAAGCUGGAUUUGUCGGAGAACAACUUUAGCGGGAUCAUUCCUCAGAGGCUGGGAAGGAAUGGGAAGCUUCAGGUUCUUGAUCUUUCAUCGAAUAAUUUGACUGGGACUCUACCUCCUGAUAUGUGUUUUGGUAAUCGGCUUGAGUUACUGUAUACUGAGGAAAAUUCAUUGGUCGGUCCAAUCCCGGACGCACUCGGGAGGUGCGAGUCGCUAUUUGUAAUCCGAAUGCAGCACAACUUUCUCAAUGGUUCAAUACCAAGAGACCUUUUCCGUUUGCCCAAUCUCACCGACGUGAUGCUGCAGAAUAACCGUCUGACCGGGAAGUUUCCCAUUUUCUCGAGAAAAGAUUCUAAAUUGGAGGAACUAGAUAUUUCUGACAACAAGAUUCAGGGGGAGCUACCUAGUUGGAUCUGGAGACUUCCCCAUCUUGAGAGUUUGAAUCUUUCUCAUAAUUGUCUAGAGACUCUAGAUGUGAAUUUAAACUCUCCCAACACUUCCCAAUCCAGGUUGACAAUCAUAGACCUUCAAUCCAACCAGCUCCAAGGGCAACUUUCAACUCUCCCACUGCAUUUUCGGUACACCAGGGAAAUGGGGAGGCGCACUUUUUUCUCUGUUUCGAGGAAUAAAUUCGACGGGGCUAUUCCUACAUCACUGUGCAAUGCUACAAUUCUAUAUGUUUUAGACUUGUCCCAUAAUCGCUUAACUGGCACGAUUCCCCAAUGCUUAAUUGAAAUGGGAAGAGUUUUAAGCGUGAUGAAUUUAAGGGGAAACAAUCUUACUGGCAUAAUUCCUGACUCCUUUCCAUUCAAUUGUAAUUUACAAAGUUUGGUUCUGAAUGGAAAUCAACUAGAAGGAGAGCUACCAAAAUCCCUGGACAGGUGCAAUGCAAACUUGGGGGUUUUGGACAUCGGGAACAAUCUCAUUCAGGAUACCUUCCCAUGUUAUUUGAAGAACAUAGACACGUUGCAGGUCCUUAUUUUGCGAUCUAACCAAUUUCAUGGGUCUAUUAAUUGUCUUGACGCUAAUACCACCUGGUCCAAACUUCAAAUCUUAGACCUGGCCUCGAACCAUUUUGUUGGAAAGUUUCCAAUACGUUACUUUUCUAGCUGGAAGGCAAUGAUGGGAACCGAAAAGGAAAUGGAAAGUAAGGGUGGAUCUGAUUCUAUUGUAGCUGGUCCCAAAUACCGAGGUUUUCCUUCCCCACCCUAUCAAAUUAGUGUAAAUCUUACAUUAAAAGGUCAAGAUUUGGAGUUUGUGAAGCUCCUAGCUAUCACAACCUCACUUGAUCUGUCGUGCAAUAGUUUUGACGGAGAUAUACCUAAAGAAAUAGGAGAAUUCAAAGUUCUAUAUGCCCUCAACUUAUCUCACAAUGCUUUUACGGGUCAAAUUCCACAAGCUUUAGGAAACUUGAGAGCUCUUGAGUCACUAGACUUGUCGAGCAACAAGCUCAUUGGAGAGAUUCCUCUCCAACUUGCAGAUUGUCUUACUUUCCUGUCAACCCUUAACCUUUCCUUCAAUCAAUUGGUGGGAAAGAUUCCACAAAUAAGGCAAUUUGCUACAUUUUCGGAAAGUUCCUUUGAAGGAAACAUAGGAUUAUGUGACUUUCCUAUGAAAGAAAAAUGCAUACAUGAAGAAUUGAGACCUUCUGCUCCUCCAUAUUCUGGGAAUUCAAUUGAUUGGGACUUUUUAAGUGUUGAAUUGGGAUUUGUUUUUGGCCUCGGAAUUUUUAUUGGACCUCUUAUAUUUUGGACGAGGUGGAGGAAACGCUACUACAAACAUGUCGACGAUAUUGUUUUUAAAAUGUUUCCUCGGACAUACAUAAGAAUAGAAAAUUAUCGAAGCGGAGGACACAGGAAUCAAGGACGGCAAGCACGUAAGAAUCAAGGUGGGAGGUAAUGCUCAGUGCUGUCAGGCUGCACAAAAUAUGAAAUAUCAGGAAGUAAUAUGGCCUCGAUCCUCCCACCGUGUAGCAGAAAGCGUUAUGGGGAUGAAGCACAGGGCUUUGUACCCACAAUUACAUUUGUAUAAGUUUUUAAUAGUUUUGGCGUUACUUUAUGUAAGAAUUUAGUCUAAUUUAGCAAAAUAUAUGAAGCAACUUCUUCUGAUUUGCAUAUUGGCCUAUACGUAAUACUCUGCACAUUGAAUUAGCUAAC